AGGGAGAGGCGGAUCGCUCGCACACCUUCUGUGUGUUUUUUCUCUUACUGGAUUACACUGACAACUCGACGUGUUCAAAGCGCGAGGGUCGUACCUUCACUCUCGUCCUGGGGGGGGGAAAGCACGCCGUCACUCGGCUCCGUCCUGCACCGCGUGGGGCCCGGCUCUCGAGCUGCCUCCGCCUGGUACGGCAGCGGAGACGAGCGCCCGGGGACGGGACGGGCAUCAAAGGGAGGGGAGGGAUCUCCUGAAGGCAGAGGACGAGGGAGGACAGCGCUCCGCUCCGUAAGCCGCGCCGGACGGUCCGCAUCCCGCUGCGUAGCCGCGGCGACGCAUCUCCGUGUGUGCCGAUGACAACUUUCGUUCUUGCGUGAUUUCGCAUUCCACGCGAUGUGAGCCUCUUGAGCGGCGCGGUUCAUUAACAUAUCGCUAAUGAGGCGGGGGCGACGGAUGGGAGUCCUGCUGAGACGGGCAGAGAGAGGCACCCUCCUGCAGGCUGCUGAUGAUCCCCCCCUCCCUCCAUCAGUGCUCCUAGCACCCUCCUCUCCAUCAAGGCGGCAUCGAGGAGCGCCGGCGCUCGGUACCCGGCGGCUGAGGGGCGGAUUUAAACUCCUCGGGGAAACAUGGCUCAUCUCAAAGUUCUCGACUGCAUGAUCAACAACAACUGGAGUCUGAUCUGCGACCUGUACUGCGCCUGGAGCGACCAGGCCAAGCAGAAGGAUGGGCGCGAUCAGAGCGAGGCGUCGGCCGUGGCCUCCCUCGGGCCCGACGAGGAGCCCUUCUCCUGGCCGGGACCCAAAACGCUCCGCCUGCGGCGCACCUCGCAGGGCUUCGGCUUCACGCUGCGGCACUUCAUCGUCUACCCGCCGGAGAGCGCCGUCCACAACUCCCUGAAGGUGACGCCCAGAGGAUUUGGAUACAGCGAUGAAGACAACGGCAGCCGAGGGCGACAGCGGAACCGUCUGGAGCCAAUGGACACCAUUUUCGUCAAGCAAGUGAAGGAGGGAGGCCCCGCCCACGGAGCUGGACUCUGUACAGGGGACCGGAUAGUCAAGGUGAACGGCGAGAGCAUCAUUGGAAAAACCUACUCGCAAGUUAUAGCUUUGAUCCAGAACAGCGAUGCCUCACUGGAACUGUGUGUGAUGCCAAAGGAUGAGGACAUUUUGCAGCUGUUUUCCAGGGACAUCACUGCUCUGGCGUAUUCCCAGGAUGCAUAUCUCAAAGGAAAUGAUGCUUACAGCGGAAAUGCCCAGAACAUCCCCGAGCCCCCUCCCAUAUGCUACCCUCGGAUAGAAGUCAAGUCCGCGGCCAUGGCUCAGACAUCGGAGCCCGCCGCAGUCACCGAGAGCCCCCCGGGGCCGGCUCAAGGACCGGCAAGGAGAGGGGGCGCCGCGGAAAAGAGCCCCGCCGCGCCCCCGCAGGGGUCGAAGUCCCAGACGGCGGUUUGUGUCUGCAGCGAGAGCGUGAGGACGGCGGCGAUGCCUCCUGAUCCAGUUGACCGGGGGUCCCGGGUGGCCCGGGCCGGACCCAGCCACAGGACAGAGGAAAACCGGCACAGCCACUCGGCAGAAUCCUCGGCCGCCCCCAGGCCGCUUGUUCCCUCGGCACCCGGGGGGGCACAGGUGCGGUACCCCUCGUCCCGCCCCGCAGACAGCCCGGCCUGCUCCCCUCCAGCCAGACCCGGCGCUCCCUGUCCGGACUUAUUGUCUCCAGCCGUACGGGCCACUGCCGCCUCGCCGGACACCUUCUCCUCCGCCGCCUCGCCCGGCGGCAACCACUACUCCCCCUCUCCCACAACCCCCUCCACCUCGCCGCACCAGAACAUCGACUGGAAAAACUACACCACCUACAAGGACUACAUAGACACCAAGAGGCUGCACACGUACGGUUGCCGCACCAUCCAGGAGCGCCUGGACAGCUUGCGCGCGGCGGCCAACUCCACCUCCGCCUACGCCCAGCAACGCACGCCGCCGGCCCCCAGCACCCCUCCGCGAGGGGCGCCGGGCUCUCAGGUGAGAUGGAGAAGCACCUCGAUUGAACGCGGGGUGGAUCCGAGCAGCGAGGGCGCCGCAGGGACUUCGUUGCGUAGCGUCUCCCAAGAGAGGCUCGGCGGUGGAGGCGGGAGGGCGCCGCCAGGCGUACCCUGGCCUCGGAGUGCCUCCGAGGACGCUCUGCCUUUCUCCAGCCCCGCCGGAGUGCCAGAACCCCGGGCGCGGUCUUGUGACUACCUGGGGCAGCGGCCGGGAGAACCGGCGGGCUCGGCGGCGUUUGGAGACAGGGCGGUGCUGGAGGACCGGAUGAUGCUGUGUCGCGGGGAGGAAGCCAGAGCCAGCAGGCAGGGGGCGGGCCCCAGAGCCAUGCCCCACCUGAACAGGAGUCUCACCGGGCGAGAAGGUGGGUUGUCGAACUCCGCUCCUGUGUUUACCAAAUUCACGACGGAUAUCGCGCCAACGCCGAGGACAGACGGGGUCGUAAUGAGACCAUCGCGCCUGUCUGUUAAAAACGCCAUCUCAGAACCUCCACCUGCCUUAUCGUCCGCAAGAGCCAUAGACCCUCCCAAAGACCAAAGAGCCAACAUCGUGGGCAACCACCUGUGCUACUCGUCGCCUCUGCACCUGCAGCACAGAGGCCGGGCGGACAGUCUGAAAAUGGAGAGCAGGUUGGAGUCCGGGUUGGCGGCCAGGUCCUCCUCUUGCUCCGGUACCUCCUCUAAACUGCCUUUGCAGAAACAACUACAAAGUGUAGUUGCUGCUGCCUCUUCCUCUGGUUCCUCCACCUCUAACGUCGCUGUCACCCAAACGCCCAGGGCCAGAGAAAUGUCCAGUUCCACCGGCGCCCUCCCGCGGAUUAACGGCGGCCUGUCGGAAGGCGUAGAAGGGCCGGACGCGAUAGUCGUCGUCCUAAGAAGGGACAAAAACUCCGGACCCCCCCACAUCCGCCCUCCGUCCUAUGUGCUGGCUCUUAAUGACAACCAGGGAGGAGUGACUCGCAGGACCCCGCCACUGGUGAAGGCGGGCUCUGCGGAUGGAGCCAUGUGCAGGACCUCGAGUGACGGCUUCAAGGAGACGCAUCUCCGGCGGCUCGGAGACGCUCGACUGAAGUCCGGCUCCAACGACCUGGACGGCUCGCUGGAUUCCAUCCCCUUCAUAGACGAACCGUCCAGUCCCAGUACCGACCAGGACAGCACACACGUCCCCGCCUGCGCCAUCAUCUGCGGGACGCCCGUCAUCGCCACCAUCCCGCCGAGCCCCAGCUCUCUGUCGCCUCUCAUUCGACGCCACCUGUCACAUGACCAAGAUUCCCUCCGUCUCACGGUCGCCGAGUCCGAUUCCGGCACAAAAACGGAGCGGUCCAAGUCGUAUGACGAAGGCCUGGAUAACUACCGGGGAGAAGGCAUAGGCAGGUCUUUAAUACCUGGUCUCAAGAGUCUGAGGAAGGCGGGGGACAGGUCAUCUGAAGAUUCGGGGUCCAGGAGGGAUUCUUCGUCCGACGUCUUCUGCGACGCCACCAAGGAGGGUUUGCUUCACUUCAAGCAGCUGAAUACGGAGAAGAGCAAGCGCGUGGGAGGAGGAAUGCGCCCGUGGAAACAGAUGUACGCCGUGCUGAGAGGCCGCUACCUUUGCCUGUACAAAGACAAAAAGGAAGGACAGGCUCACGCCAACUGCCAAGCGGUGGACGAGCCCCUGCCCAUCAGCAUCAAGGCGUGUCUCAUCGACAUCUCGUACAGCGACACCAAGCGGAAGAACGUGCUGCGGCUGACCACGUCGGACUGCGAGUACCUCUUCCAGGCCGAGGACCGGGAGGACAUGCUGGCCUGGAUCCGGGUCAUACAGGAGAACGGCAACAUGGACGAGGAGAAUUCUGUCUUCACCAGCCAUGACCUCAUCAGCAGGAAGAUCAAGGAGUACAACACCCUGAUGAGUCCGACAGGCGGCAAGACGGAGGCGUCGCCCAAACCCUCCCGCCAGUCGCUGAGCAUCAGGCACACGCUGCUGGGAGGCAAAGGGGACAACAAAGCCACCAGUCCUCCCACAGCCAAAACGGAGCAGGAGAGGAAGAACGUGCACAAAGACGACACCAGCCCCCCCAAGGACAAAGGGACAUGGAGGAAGAGCAUCCCGGGGCUGAUGAGGAAACCCUUCGAGAGGAAGCCGUCCCCCGGAGUCACGUUCGGAGUGAGGCUGGACGACUGUCCCCCUGCACAGACCAACAAGUUUGUGCCUCUGAUUGUGGAGGUGUGCUGUAAGCUGGUGGAGGAGAGGGGGUUGGAGUACACGGGCAUCUACAGAGUCCCCGGGAACAACGCGGCCAUCUCCAACAUGCAGGAGGAGCUCAAUAACAAGGGCAUGAGCGAUAUCGACGUCCAGGACGACAAAUGGAGGGACCUGAACGUGAUCAGCAGUUUACUCAAGUCCUUCUUCCGCAAACUUCCAGAGCCGUUGUUCACGAAUGAUCGGUACGCAGACUUCAUCGACGCCAACAGGACAGAGGACCCCGUGGAGAGGCUCAAAGUGCUCAAGAGGCUGCUUCACGAGUUGCCCGAUCAUCACUACGAGACCCUCAAGUUCCUCUCGGCUCAUCUGAAAACGGUGGCGGACAACUCGGAGAAGAACAAGAUGGAGCCGAGGAACCUGGCCAUCGUGUUCGGUCCCACUCUGGUGCGGACCACCGAGGACAACAUGACCCACAUGGUGACACACAUGCCGGACCAGUACCGCAUCGUGGAGGCCCUCAUUCAGAACUAUAACUGGUUUUUCACUGAAGAUGGAAAUGGAGAUCCAGUGACCGCGUCGCGUAACGACAGCGCGGUGGAGUCUCAGCCCGUGCCCAACAUCGACCACCUGCUCACCAACAUCGGGCGCACGGCCACGUCGCAGGGUGAAGUAUCAGAUUCACCGACUAGCGACUCGGCCAAAUCGAAGGGUUCCUGGGGCUCGGGGAAGGACCGGGAGCUCUUGGUCUCCUCCAUCUUUGCUGUAGCCAGUCGCAAAAGAAAGAAGUCAAAGGAGAAGCCGCAGCCCAGCAGCUCAGACGAUGACCUGGACGCCGCGUUCGCCAAAAAGGAAAUCCCCGGCCAGAAGCCGAACCACCACGGCCUCCCGGCCGCGGCGCAGGGCCUCAACGCCAAGACGCCGGCCCGCGCAGACGAGAGGAAAGAGAACGGGAGACCUGCGGAGGUCACCCCCAAAGCCAAGAGAGAGCACAGGAACUCCUCCUUCCUGAAGGACAAGACUCCGCCCUCCCCAAAUGUCUCUGUCCACCAAACUCAGGCGAGGUGCUCCUUGUCCGACCCCCUGUCCCACCUCGAUGAGAACACCUCUGACCUCGGGACCAUGAGCUCCGGGGCGUCCGCGCCCAAGUCCAGACCCAAAAAGUGGAGCGGAACGUCCCCCGACCUCGCGGCGGGCGCCUGUGUCGGGCCCGCGGCCGGUCCGGGGGCGUCCGCCGGAGCGGAGGUGAGCUCCAUCACCUCGGACUACUCCACCACGUCCUCCAUCACGUUCUUGACCGGCGCGGAGUCCAGCGCGCUCAGUCCGGAGCUGCAGGGCGGGGAGGAGGCGGACGACGAGCGCAGCGAGCUCAUCAGCGAGGGCCGACCCAUGGAGACGGACAGCGAGAGCGACUUCCCGGUGUUCGCCCCCGGCGGAGGCAGCGGCCAGUCCACGCCGCGCCCGGACCCGAGCCUGGACCGGACCCGGCCGCCCGAGGGCGGCGCCACGCCCGAGCCGGAAGCGCGGCGCCUUUUCCCGACCCACAGGAUGAUCGAGUGCGACACGCUCUCCAGGCGGGGGUCCCUCAGACAGCAGACCGACAGCGAGUCGUCGGCGGAGGGCGCCGCUGGGAGCACGGAGCGCGGCGGGGGCAAGGCCGAGUCCUCCACGCGGCUCUCCCGGGUCCUGGAGGUGAUGAAGAAAGGCCGGUCCACCAGCAGCCUCAGCUCGUCCUCCCGCAGCGAGUCGGAGCGCUGCGAGCCCGCCUGGCACCUCAAGAUCACGGAGCGGCUCAAGCUCCGCUUGCGCUCCUCCGCCGACGACAUGUUCACGCAGAGGAACCGAGCGCCGGAGGCCCGCGGGAAGAAGAAGAACAUCCGCCGCAGGCACACCAUGGCCGGGCAGAGGGACUUCGCCGAGCUGGCCGUCAUCAACGACUGGAGGGAGCAAAGGCGGGCGUGGGACCAGACGGCCGAGCUGUCCGCUCUAGACCGCCUCAAGCCCCGGUGUUCCUCUCAGGACUUCUCCAUCCGGGACUGGAUCACCAGAGACGGUGCCCGAGGCCCCGGUGCCAGCGACGAGGUCGCACCUCGUGCCGUUGCCGAGGACGUUCACCCGGAGGCCGGGGACGUGGCUCCCGACCGGCCUUCUCCCUCCGCGUCCCCGGGCGCAGCCGGGGAGCACGUCAACGGCGGCGGGCUGCAGGGCAAACACAGAGCGGCCCUCGGGGCCGACGCUCACCCGCACAAACUGAGCGGGGCACAGGUGGUCCGCUCGCGGUUCUACCAGUACCUGUGACGCGCCACGAGCCGUUUGAGACGAUGCGAGAAAAAAAAAUGGACGGGUUGAAUGCGGGAACGUACGAAUGUGGGUAUUUUAGCUACGGUUACUGCACAAUAUUUUUUCUACAAAGUGUACUUUAUGUAUCUACUGUACAUACUAUGUAUAGGCUUAUGCGAUUGUUACUGGAAAGAUGCUGAAGAGAUGUUCAUGAGCGUCCACGAAACUCCUCCUGCAGGAUGGAACCGAUGCAGGAACGUGACUCGGCUGUUACAUCCGUGUCGACGGGACACAAGUGGACUUUGUGGAUUGUUAGACGGCACUAAUGAACAGAAGGAAGGUCAACUUGACCGUUACUGAACGCAGGAGGAAGCUUCUUUUUGGUUCAGUUCUUCCUAUUAUAAGCGGUAUGAAGAAUGUAUUACUCUCACAGACUAACACGAGUUGCUUGUGACAAUGUGGUCACUUUCAAAAGAAUCGCUAUGUGUUUUUUGUUGCCUGUACUUGAAGUAUAUGGAUGUAACUGAGGGCUGCUUUCUGAGCUGCGUGCUGUGGGAAGGUUUUUUUUUCACAGCACAGUCAUAACAGCCAGAUAUUAGCUUGAUGAACUGGAGGAUUUUUAUCAAAUAAAGACUGAAAAAAAACCCAGUAAUGAAAUGCUGAUGCCAUAGUAUGUAAUGCUUGGUGCAGUGGUUUCUAUUUCCAAACUUUGUUCAGUUACAGACCAGUUUCCACACGUUUUAAACUCAAGAACAAAAAGUGCCUCUUUUUUCCCUUUUUAUAAAAACUGUUCUACCAGCAGUCGACAAGAAAAACACUUUUAGGAGAAAUGAAUCUCACAGGCAUUCCAGAGAUGUUUUUUGUUGUGGGGUCUUGUUGUUGUUUUGAGUUAAACUCACAUCGAUAUAUUGGCGUCUGUCUGUUUCUUUAUAGAUUUACCCCCCCCACACCCCCUUUAUUUUCAAAUGCAGUAAAAUGUGUGGGCGCUUAUAACCUGGGAGAAAAAAAACAAAGGUAUCUUUAUAACUGCAUGAGACAAUGUUUUCUGAACAGUGAACAUCUCGCCUGUGUAGAGAGAAGCAGGGGUGCAAUGGCCUCCCUCAACAAACACUGGAAAUAAAUCAUCUUUAUUAAAUGUG